UGAAGACGCGACUCGAGACUCGAUUGUCGAGCUUGGAGGCACGUGCCGUGACGCUAUUCCACAUCAGGCUUAGCGGCCAAGCUUGUUGCCUCCUGCACGUACUCCAGCGGAGGAUUUCUUCCAGCUGGCCGGUCCCACCUCUCAGCGGCCGACGUUCCCUGGAAGUCUGCCGGAUCUAGGCGAGGAACCCAUUCAUUGGUGACGUCUUCUCUCGCUGCAUCAAGUCUUCCUCCAUCCCUCCCUCGGACUUUUGCUUCGACAUCCACCCACGCAGCGUCCUACACUCCGGGUGAUUUGCGCCAACACAUGCCUGCGACCGGCGCACGCGACGAGAACCAAGCAGCUGAGCGCUCUUCUGGGUGACAGCGCGCUUCCUCAAGCCCGGGUCUUUUUGAUUUUCACGCCAUCGCUCGCCGCCAACGUCUGACCCCGCGUACGCACCCUCACGCGACCUCACCAUGUCUCGACCCGCGAAUCGACUCGGCCACGGUGCUGGCCGGCAGCACUCGCAGGGCUCGUUCCACGCUGGCGCGCCGAUCCCGACGCUGGCCAGUAUGCGCCGGCAGUCCCAUCGAUACCAGACCUUCCCGACGCAGCCUCCCAAGACACCCCUCGAGCAGCCGUCGCCACCCUCGGACGGCGACAGCGAGUCCGAGGGCGAGGGCUCCGAGGAGGACAAUGUGGCCACGCCUCUCCCUGUGAAGCAGCUGUUGCUCCUCGCCUUCUUGUCCUUGUCGGAGCAGACUGCCUUGAACUCAAUAUCACCCUAUCUCCCGAAAAUGGUCGGCUCCAUGCCGGGGAUAUCACAGGACCUCAAUGGCAUGUAUGUUGGUCUCUUGGCUAGCGCCUUUGCCCUCGCGCAACUCUCGACCAAUUUCAUAUGGGGAUAUACGUCGGACGUCAUUGGGCGGAAGCCUGUGCUCUUGAUGGGGACUUUUGCGCUCAUGUGCUGCUUCUGUUUCUUUGGGUUCUGCAAGGCGUACUGGCAGGUUGUAGUCGUCCACAUGGCCAUGGGCAUGCUGAACGGCAACGCAGCGUGUGUCCCGACGGUGCUGGGCGAGGUGACGGACCGCUCGAACCAGAGCCGCGCAUUCACGUACUUGCCCAUCAUCUACUCCCUGGGCAGCAUUACGGGUCCUGCCGUGGGCGGCGUCUUGGUGGGCAAGAUGGGCAGCCAAUACCCGUACCUGGCACCCAACAUUCUGGGCGCCUCCAUGCUGGCCGUCAGCUUCGUCGUGGUGGCGAUCUGGUUUGAGGAGACCCUGGAAGAUGACGGCGAGCCCGCUGACUUUUGGAUACCGCCAUGGAUCAAACGCCUCUCCGCCUGGAUCUCUUCGAAGAAAAAUGGCACGGACAAGCCUGAUUUGGCACGCUCCACCUCGUGGGCCGCUCGCUGGCCGCGCAGCAACCAGCGACCACUGCUAGCACCUGCGUCGCCCGAUGCGUCAGACGACGAGGACGAGGAUGAGGAGGACGCCAGAGGGAGCCCCAAUGGCGAUGGUCAGGAGAGCCCCAAGUUCACGACGACCAUCUACAACCGAACCACCAUGACGCUGUUGUUCACAUAUCUCGUCUUUCAACUGUCCAACAUCAGCUUCAACAGCCUGUACCCCAUCUUCGCCUCCGAGCAACCACCCGCCGGCAGAGCGCUUGACCCAUCCAAAAUCGGCAUCAGUCUGAGCGCAGCGGGCCUUGCGACCAUCUUGUUCCAGGCCUUUCUGUUUCAGCACCUCAAGGCGCGGCUGGGAAACCUCGGUGCCUACAGGUUAUCUCUGCUUGGCCUUGCCGUCUGCAUGGUCCUCAUGCCAUGGGUUGGAUAUCUCGACGACAAGCCCUUUUUUGGAUUAGGGACCGGCAAGAAGUGGCUAUACGGCGAGCUCGGCGUUGUGCUGAUCAUCAAGAACAUUUGCGCCGUGGGCGGGCUCUCGAGCGUCAUGCUUCUGAUUACCAACUCCUGCCCUUCCCACGACAGCCUGGGGACGUUAAAUGGCGUCGCACAGACCCUCUCCGCACUGGGCCGCAGCAUUGGACCGUUUGUGUCUGGCGGUCUGUUUUCUCUCUCCAAGGGGAUCCAUCCCAAAGGCGAGGCUCUGCCGUGGACGUUGUUUGGCGGUCUUGCGCUGUGUGGCUGGGUUGGGUCUCUCUUUAUCCGACGAAAUGGCUUGGAGAGUGACGAUUGGGUGGGCGACUCCGAUGACGAGGAGGACGAAGAGCGACGAUGAACGGCAUAGAUGACAGGGUUACUUUUAUGUUUUUCUUUCAGGAGUUUACAUGAAUGCGUAUGAUGGGAUAGAUGUUUGGUAUCGGCGUGGCGUUGGCAUACAGACAGACUACGAAAAACGAGCGGGAUUACACAGCGAUGUCUUUGUACCAUUAUAUUCA